CCCCUCUUACUUCUCUUCUCUUACAAAAAUCCCUCGCUGGAGCAACGUGAAGAGAGAUCUGCAUCGGCGCCGCAACAGCAGCAGAAGUGAAGAUGGAGGCAGCGAGAACUGUGAAAGAUGUUUCCCCUCACGAGUUUGUGAAGGCUUAUGCCGCUCACCUCAAGCGCUCCGGCAAGAUGGAGCUUCCUGAGUGGACUGAUCUCGUCAAGACUGGUAAACUAAAAGAGCUUGCUCCAUAUGACCCUGAUUGGUACUAUAUUAGAGCUGCCUCUAUGGCAAGGAAGAUCUAUUUGAGGGGUGGUAUUGGUGUUGGUGGAUUCCGAAGAAUCUAUGGUG